GUUUGAAUGUUUUCUACCUGUGUGGAGCUUCAGAUCUUGUAACUUGAAAAUCCAAACAGUUAAUGACUAUGUCUUCUUCAAAUAUAUCAAUGCUUAGAGUUGUUGAUGAUUCUACCGAUCGUUGGAAGAUUGUUGUUCGUGUUAUUAGGAGGUGGAACGUAUAUCAAAAGGACUCACCCAAUGACAUUUUCUGUAUUUGUUUCCUUCUCAUCGAUCAUGAGGGAACAAGGAUCCAAGCGGCUGUUACAAACAGGACUGCUUUCAAGUUGUAUGAGGACAAGCUCUUGGAGGGGAAGGGAAAAUUCUGUUUCUUGUGUUUUGUAUGAUGAGUGUGCAACAAAUGUGUGCAUGACUGAUUUUACUAAGAUGGACGCCCCAGUGGUCAUUCUCAUUCAGCUUGCAAGGAUUGGUUUUGAUGAGAAAGGGAAGGUAGAGAUUUGUAGUGCUUUCCAUGCAACUAAGAUAUCAUUUAAUAUGAAUUAUCCAGAGGUUAGGCAAUUUAUUGAAAGUGCAAAGACAUUUCCCUCUCCAACAAUCAGUACGAUAUCUGCAAGUGUUGCAUCUCAAACUUCCAAUACUUUUGAAAGCACUCUUCUUAGUAGUCACCCUUUAAUUCCCAUUGCUGAUAUACCAAAACAGCGUGUGGAUGAUUUUUUCCUGAUUAAGUGUAAGGUUAUCAAGCUAGAGACUACUCAUGAUUGGAAAUAUGAGGCAUGUACAAGGUGCGGCUGUAAGCCAAAGGAAGAGGCUGGGAAGAAGACAUGUUUGAGCUCAGUGUGUAGGAAGAGGCCAUUGUAUUUCGAGUGGAAGAUGAGGGUGCAUUAUACAGUGGAAGAUGAGUCAGGAAGAGUUGUUGUUGCGUUCUUUGAAAAGCUGGUUAGAGAAUUUGUUGGUAAAACUCUUGCACAAUUGGAAGAGGAGCUUAUCAAGGUUGAAUCAUAA